AUGCGUUCACGAACAGGAUGUUUGACAUGUCGUCAGCGCAAGCUCAAGUGCGACGAGAAGAAGCCUAUUUGUUCACAAUGCUGCAAAGCUUCGAGAGAAUGCGUACCUAGCUCUGGCAUCGUCUUUCGCCAUCAACAUAACGCUUCAAUGAAUGGCGAGGACUCAGGUGACGACAACUCGCUCAAGGGCUUCUACGCAUACCGGAAUACCUUCGACGAGGAAACCAUCUGGCUCGACAUACCUCGGAAUGGUAAAUUCCCCACAUCCCGACGAUGGGAUCUCCAGCUUACUGAUGACCUGUUAGUCACCUUCAUCAACACAACCAAUCCUUAUUUGGAUCCAGACUUCGACAACAUGUCAAUCGGUUCUGCGGAUUCUCCUUCAUCGUUUGAGCCACGGUCGGUGACCUCGUGGCCAGCUCAUAAUAAGUUCUCUACCGCAACCAGCACGCCGAUCUCGGGGCCCUUGCACAAUCCGCCAAUGUGCUACACUCCAGAGCUGGAGGCCCUCCCCGCUCUUGACACACCAUCGAUGCUGCAAUCACCACCAACCUCAUCCGUAGGAACACCCAUUUCACCGCCACUCGCACUCGCCACUCAUUUCCGACCAAUGCUUCAUCAUUCGCUCUCCAUGACACCACCACCCAUCGACCCCCAAUUAGCAUCGCCGAUGAGCCAACUCCCCGAUCAGAUCCCUCGCUCUAGCUCGAUGUCAACAAGCCGGAGAACACCGUCUUGCACCAGCUACAUGUCCGACCGUGACUACGAAACUGCCCAUCUUCUACGGUGGUUCUCGGAAGGGCCUGGGUAUUGGAUGGAUCUCUUUGACUUAGGUACAUAUUUUUCUUCAUAUGUCCCAGUCAAAGCCCAGGAAAACCUCCUCCUCAAGUACGCUGCUCUUGCUUACUCAGCCAAGGCCCUGGGACGCGUCCAAGGCCGUAAAACUGUUAUGGGUGGCGGUGUAGCACGACAGUCGCAAAUGGAGAUAUACCCAGACACUCAACUAGUGGACUGGUCUCACAAAGCUACGCAGUACUAUGACAUGGCGGUUUCGCUUCUCCUGAAGGCACUCAAAGCCAAUGCGUUGUCCUCGCCGGAUUCGGACUCAGAUGGCGGCGACUCGUCUUACGGCCCCGACGAUCGUUCCCCGGGACGUCGGCGAACAUCCGGAAGUAAUGCAGCUGGGUUAAGCACCGACGAACUCUUGGCCGCUUCCGCAAUCCUCUGUGUCUAUGAGUUUCUUGACGGUUCUGACAAGGAGUGGACACGUCAUCUCAAAGGUGCCAAGUCCCUUUUAGUCGUCGCCCAGGAACGCCUGUCGCCGAUGCGGACGAUGGCGGCGGAUCCUAUCACCUCUUCUGCCAAUUUUGGACUCGUCUCCAAAGCGCGGAGAGCUACCUUCUGGAACAUCGCUAGACAGGACAUGCUCGCAGCUUAUAUCAACAAGACACGGACAAGACUUGAUACCGAAGAUCUCUCCUUGUGGCGAGAAUUCGGCCUUCUUCUCAACGACGAUGGCUUCAUCGUUCCUAACAAUGCUGUAGAGAGCGCCUAUUCCGAUGGAGACAACAUGAUGAAGGAAGAUCUCAUCUGCAACUCCUUAGUAUGGCUUAUGGGAAAGCUCGUCAACUUCAUGGCGUACGGCGACAGCUUCGGCGAGGACUGCCAGUCUACCUGGGCUGGCGUCUCCCAGAAAACGCUACUCGAUUACUGGACUGCGAUCCAGCGACAAUUCCAGAUAUGGUACGACAGCCUGCCAACCACCUUCAAACCUUCUGCCAGAGUUGAUCCCCGACCUGCGAACGUAUUCGGCGAACCCAAUGUGCUCUUCCCUGAGAUUUGGUAUAGCAUCCCCAUGUGCGCAUCGACCAUGCAGUAUUACCACAUGAGUCAGAUCCAGCUGUUCAUGAAUAAGCCUCACCAGACCACCCAGGGAGCUACCAACGUAUACGAACGCCUCAACUCUUACCAGUCCGUCCUGGACGCCUGCCAGAAGCACAGCCGUGAGAUUGUUGGUAUCUCGCUAGGCCGCCCCGACGAUGCUGUUCGCAUCCAUUCCGUACAGCCCUUGUUCACUGCUGGACAGUGCUUGGGCGACAUCGGGGAACGCCAGGUAGUCCUUGGCCUGCUUCGCGGUGUUGAAUCCGACAUUGGCUGGGCGACCGAGUACCGCGCGCGCCAGCUUCUUGAACAGUGGCAUUGGGAGGAUAGUGAUCAGACACUGGUCACUUGA